AUGGCGGAUAAGCCGGACCCUGGUGAAGAAGCGCCGCGCGCGAAACCCGAAACGCCCACCGAUGCGAAUGAAGCCGACACCCCAUCGGACGAUGAGCCCGUGUCUUUAGCGCCUGCGCCGAAACCUGACGCGCCGCAAGAAAAGGCCAGCAGCGUCGACGAUAAGGCAGAGCAGCCCAAGGCCAUGGAAUUGCCCGCCGAGGAUGAUCCUUUAGAGGGUGAAGCAGAGCCUGAAGAUGAGGUGGAGCAAUCCCGUGCGCCGCUGAUCACCCACCUUAUCGAGCUGCGCCAGCGACUGUUCUACGCUGUCAUCGCCUUCGGCAUUGCUUUCAUCGGCUGCUACUUCGUUGCGGACCAGAUUUUCAACAUUCUGCUUGGCCCGUUUGAACAGGCAAAAGGCGAAACAUCCGAUAUCUUCACCGCGCCGCAGGAAUUCUUUUUCACCCAAUUGCGCAUUGCGCUGUUUGGUGCGCUCUUCAUCGCGUUCCCGGUGAUCGCCAGCCAGAUUUAUAUGUUCAUGGCGCCUGGCCUCUACAAAAAUGAGAAGGCUGCCUUCCGCCCUUAUUUGGUUGCAACGCCCAUACUUUUCGCGAUGGGCGCGGCGCUGGUUUAUUUCGUGGUUAUGCCACUGGCGCUCAAUUUCUUCCUGUCCUUUGAACAGCAGGGCGGAGAUGGAGAAGCCAGCAUUCAGCUGAUGGCACGCACCAGCGAAUAUCUCAGCCUUAUCAUGACGCUGAUUUUUGCCUUUGGUUUGGUGUUCCAACUGCCCAUCGUGCUGACCUUGCUGGGACGCAUGGGUGUUGUGUCGUCUGCAGGUCUGGCCGCCAAGCGCAAAUAUGCCAUUGUUGCCACGUUCUUGGCCGCAGCGUUCCUUACUCCGCCUGAUCCGAUCAGUCAGAUCGGCCUUGCGGUGCCCACGCUGCUUCUUUACGAGGCUUCCAUCUGGAUGGUUCGACUCGUGGAAAGGCGGCAAGCCGCUGAGCGGGACGAAGACGACACCGACACAAAGGCAGAAGCUUCGGCAUAA